AUGUCCCACUUAAUCACACCACUGGAAUCCUCCGAUUCGUUCUUACCCGGUGGCCUGUUCCUACACACUCACACGCUUCCUUCCUCCUUCACUUCCUUCCUUCCUCCUUCUUCUACUUUUUCUGGCCCUGUAGCACUAUCAUCUUUUUGUGGGAAAAGAAGUUUGAGGGUGGAAGGUGGAAUAGGUGGGGGCGCGUUCUUGUCGUUGAGUUUGUCCUUAAACGGAACCGGUGCGGAUCAGAGGUAUGGUCGAGAAUCAGGUGAAAUUCUGGGGCGACAUCACAAGAAGGUGGAAGAUGAUGAUGGUGUGUGUGAAGGGAAAGAGAAGGUUGAGAUCAAUGGAUCGGGUGCUGUUAACAUGACCAAACAUCUCUGGGCCGGUGCUGUCGCUGCCAUGGUUUCAAGGACUAUGGUUGCCCCUCUGGAGAGACUUAAGUUGGAGUACAUAGUUCGUGGUGAACGGAAGAAUCUUUAUGAACUCAUUCAGGAAAUUGCGACUACUCAAGGCUUGAGAGGUUUUUGGAAAGGAAAUUUUGUGAAUAUUCUGCGGACAGCGCCUUUUAAGGCUAUAAACUUUUACGCCUAUGAUACUUAUAAAAUUAAGCUGACAAGGAUGUUGGGGAAUGAAGAAUCCACUAAUUUUGAGAGAUUUGUUGCGGGUGCUGCUGCUGGGAUUACAGCUACAUUGCUCUGCUUGCCCAUGGACACUGAGUGUGGUAGGAUUGGACUGAGCUCUCAACAUAUGCGUGAUAAACUUUUGGAAAUUAUCAGGACGGUAAUGGUAGCACCUGGUGGUGAAGCCUUAGGAGGUGUGAUUGGUGCCUUCCGUCACAUGAUCAGAACAGAGGGAUUCUUUUCUCUUUACAAGGGUUUAGUACCCUCCAUUAUCAGUAUGGCACCUUCAGGUGCUGUCUACUAUGGUAUUUAUGAUAUCUUAAAGUCAGCAUAUCUGCAUUCUUCUGAAGGAAAGAAAAGAAUCCAACGCAUGAAAGAAGGAGCUCAAGAGUUGAAUGCAAUGGAACAACUGGAAUUGGGUCCUAUCAGAACUUUAUUAUAUGGUGCUAUUGCUGGUUGUUGUUCUGAAGCUGCUACUUACCCCUUUGAAGUUGUAAGGAGACAGCUUCAAAUGCAAGUACGAGCAACAAGGUUAAAUUCACUGGCAACUUGUGUCAAGAUUGUUGAGCAAGGAGGUGUUCCCGCCCUUUAUGCUGGGCUAAUUCCUAGUUUACUGCAGGUGUUACCAUCAGCUGCUAUUAGUUAUUUUGUUUACGAGUUCAUGAAGAUAGUUCUAAAAGUACAGUCAACAUAG